AUGAAUGCGUGUCAAGGCCUACGAGUGCGUGCCAAGGCCUACGAGUGCGUGUCAAGGCCUACGAAUGCGUGUCAAGGCCUACGAAUGAGAGUCGAGGCCUAUGAAUGCGUGUCAAGGCCUACGAAUGCGUGUCAAGGCCCACGAAUGAGUAUCAAGGCCUACGAGUGCGUGUCAAGGUCUACGAGCCCACGAGUGCGUGUCAAGGCCUACGAGUGCGUGUCAAGGCCCACGAAUGAGUGUCAAGGCCUACGAGUGCGUGUCAAGGCCUACGAGUGCGUGUCAAGGCCUACGAGUGCGUGUCAAGGCCUACGAGUGCGUGUCAAGGCCCACGAGUGCGUGUCAAGGCCUACGAAUGAGUGUCAAGGCCCACGAGUGCGUGUCAAGGCCUACGAGUGCGUGUCAAGGCCUAUGAAUGCGUGUCAAGGCCUACGAGUGCGUGUCAAGGCCUACGAGUGCGUGUCAAGGCCUACGAGUGCGUGUCAAGGCCUACGAGUGCGUGUCAAGGCCUACGAAUGCCUGUCAAGGCCUACGAGUGCGUGUCAAGGCCUACGAAUGAGUGUCAAGGCCUACGAGUGCGUGUCAAGGCCUACGAGUGCGUGUCAAGGCCUACGAAUAAGUGUCAAGGCCUAUGAAUGCGUGUCAAGGCCUACGAGCCUACGAGUGCGUGCCAAGGCCUACGAGUGCGUGUCAAGGCCUACGAAUGCGUGUCAAGGCCUACGAAAGAGAGUCGAGGCCUAUGAAUGCGUGUCAAGGCCUACGAAUGCGUGUCAAGGCCCACGAAUGAGUAUCAAGGCCUACGAUUGCGUGUCAAGGCCUACGAGUGCGUGUCAAGGCCUACGAGUGCGUGUCAAGGCCUACGACUGCGUGUCAAGGCCUACGAAUGAGUGUCAAGGCCUACGAAUGAGUGUCAAGGCCUACGAGUGCGUGUCAAGGCCUACGAGUGAGUGUCAAGGCCCACGAGUGCGUGUCAAGGCCUAUGAAUGCGUGUCAAGGCCUACGAGUGCGUGUCAAGGCCUACGAGUGCGUGUCAAGGCCUACGAAUGCGUGUCAAGGCCUACGAGCCUACGAAUGCGUGUCAAGGCCUACGAGUGCGUGUCAAGGCCUACGAAUGAGUGUCAAGGCCUACGAGUGCGUGUCAAGGCCCACGAGUGCGUGUCAAGGCCUAGGCCUACGAGCCUACGAGUGCGUGCCAAGGCCUACGAGUGCGUGUCAAGGCCUACGAAUGCGUGUCAAGGCCUACGAAUGAGAGUCGAGGCCUAUGAAUGCGUGUCAAGGCCUACGAAUGCGUGUCAAGGCCCACGAAUGAGUAUCAAGGCCUACGAGUGCGUGUCAAGGUCUACGAGCCCACGAGUGCGUGUCAAGGCCUACGAGUGCGUGUCAAGGCCCACGAAUGAGUGUCAAGGCCUACGAGUGCGUGUCAAGGCCUACGAGUGCGUGUCAAGGCCUACGAGUGCGUGUCAAGGCCUACGAGUGCGUGUCAAGGCCCACGAGUGCGUGUCAAGGCCUACGAAUGAGUGUCAAGGCCCACGAGUGCGUGUCAAGGCCUACGAGUGCGUGUCAAGGCCUAUGAAUGCGUGUCAAGGCCUACGAGUGCGUGUCAAGGCCUACGAGUGCGUGUCAAGGCCUACGAGUGCGUGUCAAGGCCUACGAGUGCGUGUCAAGGCCUACGAAUGCCUGUCAAGGCCUACGAGUGCGUGUCAAGGCCUACGAAUGAGUGUCAAGGCCUACGAGUGCGUGUCAAGGCCUACGAGUGCGUGUCAAGGCCUACGAAUAAGUGUCAAGGCCUAUGAAUGCGUGUCAAGGCCUACGAGUGCGUGUCAAGGCCUAUGA